CCGCCGCCGUGCCGCUUCCGUGUGGCGAGUAGCCGUCCGUCCGUCCGUCGGUCCGUCGAUGGAGCCUAAGGCGGGGGACGAGGAGAGCGGAGGGGGCGCGGCGGCGUGGGAGCACGCCGCCAGUAGGAUCCCGGUACCCAGACCUCCCUCCAUUGAGGAAUUCACCAUAGUGAAACCCAUUAGCCGUGGCGCUUUCGGGAAAGUGUAUCUGGGGCAGAAAGGCGGCAAGCUGUACGCGGUGAAGGUUGUUAAAAAAGCAGACAUGAUCAACAAAAAUAUGACUCAUCAGGUACAAGCUGAACGAGAUGCACUGGCACUAAGCAAAAGUCCUUUCAUUGUCCACUUGUAUUACUCACUGCAGUCAGCAAGCAAUGUCUAUUUGGUGAUGGAAUAUCUUAUUGGCGGAGAUGUCAAGUCGCUCCUACAUAUAUAUGGUUAUUUUGAUGAGGAGAUGGCUGUAAAAUAUAUUUCUGAAGUAGCACUAGCUCUAGAUUACCUGCAUAGACAUGGGAUCAUCCACAGAGAUUUGAAGCCAGACAAUAUGCUCAUUUCCAAUGAGGGUCAUAUUAAGCUGACAGAUUUUGGCCUUUCCAAAGUUACUUUGAAUAGAGAUAUCAAUAUGAUGGAUAUCCUUACAACACCAUCAAUGGCUAAACCUAAACAAGAUUACUCAAGAACACCAGGACAAGUAUUGUCUCUCAUCAGUUCUUUGGGAUUUUUCACACCAAGUGCCGAAAACAGUCAGGAGACUGCAGACAUCCUUUCAGCCCAUCAAGCUGAAAUAUCACAACUUUCCCAAGGAUUAAUUUGUCCUAUGUGUAUAGAUCAAAAAGAGAUUACUUCUUAUUCUGGCAAAGAACUAAACUCAUGUCUUGAAACAGUUACCUCCAACCCAGGAGUGCCUGUGAAAUGUUUAACUUCUAAUCUGCUCCAGUCUAGGAAAAGGCUGGGGACAUCUAGUGCCAGUAGCCAGUCCCACACCUUUGUGUCCAGUGUGGAAUCAGAAUGCCACAGCAGUCCCAAGUGGGAAAAUGACAGCCAGGAAAGUGACAAGGCAUUGGGCUCUACAAUGAGUUGGAAUACAGUUGAAAAGCUGUGUAUGAAAUUUACAGAUGCCAUCGAGACCAAAAGUUUCCAUAAAAAGGAACUUGAAUUAGCCCUUUCUCCCAUUCGUGACAGCAGUGUCAAUCCAGCCACUGGAAGCUCUUAUGUAAAACUUGCUGAAAAGUGCUUCUCUGGGGAAGCUUCUUGGGAAGCAAGAGAACUGGACAUUAAUAAUGUAAACACGGCUGCUGACAAAAAACCGUUUGGUUUCUACCACUCACAUCGGAGAGCUGUGGACUCAGGUGGUGUGUCUGAAGAGCUCCUUGGGAAAAGAAAUUUAAAAAGAAAUUUUCAACUGAUUGACUCUAGUCCUUGCCAGGAAAUCGUGCAGAAUAAAAAAAAUUGUGUAGGGUAUAAGCAUAAUAAUGAAAUGAUAGAUUGCUAUACAGAUCAAAGUACAAGCUUAACAACUGAAGUCCAGAAUCUUAAGCUUUCGCUAUACGGAAAUCAGCAAAAUGACUGUGCUAAUAAGGAAAACAUUGCUAAUUGUUUUAAUAGUAGACAACAAACACCAGAAAAAUUAUGUAUUCCAAUGAUAGCAAAGAACCUUAUGUGUGAACUAGAUGAAGAUUGUGAAAAGGCAAAUCAGAAGGAUGACCUAAGUUCUACUUCUCUAUGUUCUGAUGACGAGAGAGCUCCUAAAAGUAUUUGCAUGGACUCAGAUUCUUCUUUUCCUGGGAUUUCUGUGAUGGAAAGUUCAUUGGAAAGGCAGUCCUCAGAUCCUGAUAAAAGCAUCAAAGAGUCCUCUUUUGAAGAAUCGAAUAUGGAAGAUCUUAUUGUAUCACCAAACUGUCAAGAAAAGACCUUUCCAGAAGAUGAUGGGAACCCUGCUGUCCAAGACAGUAACCAAGGAAUGUUAGCUCCUUCUUCAGAGGUGUUGAAAACAUUACCUCUCUCUAAGAGAAAUGCUGUCGCUUUUCGAAGUUUUAACAGUCACAUUAAUGCAUCGAAUAACUCAGAACCAUCCAAGAUGAGCAUUCCUUCUUUUGAUGCAAUGGAAGUUUCCGGUGUUUAUAGUGGCUCCUAUCCCAUGGCCGUAACCCCUGUUCAAAAACGAAGGUCCUGCAUGCCAUAUCAGCAGACCCCAAAUAAGGCCAAGUCAGGAACUUCCUAUCGUACUCCAAAGAGUGUGAGAAGAGGCGCAGCCCCAGUGGAUGAUGGGAGGAUUCUAGGAACCCCAGACUACCUGGCACCUGAGCUCUUAUUGGGCACAGCUCAUGGUCCUGCAGUCGAUUGGUGGGCACUUGGAGUGUGCUUAUUUGAAUUUCUAACAGGAAUUCCUCCGUUCAAUGAUGAAACAGCACAACAAGUAUUCCAGAACAUUCUAAAAAGAGAUAUUCCUUGGCCAGAAGAUGAAGAAAAGUUAUCUGACAGUGCUCAAAAUGCAGUGGAAAUUCUUCUAACCAUGGAUGACACCAAGAGAGCUGGAAUGAAAGAACUGAAACAUCAUCCUCUCUUCAGUGAAGUGGACUGGGAAAAUCUCCAACAUCAGACUAUGCCUUUCAUCCCUCAACCAGAUGAUGAAACGGACACAUCCUAUUUUGAAGCCAGAAAUAACGCUCAGCACCUCACCGUAUCUGGAUUUAGUCUAUAGCAUAUAAGUAUUUCCUUUGUCUAAGCUUGUGUUGUAGAAGCUUCAUAAUUUUGUGCCCAAGUCAGCUGAGCUUUUAAUGUAUGCAAUAGCUUUCACAGAUCUUAAGUGCUGUAAGGAAUAUAAUCAGUAAGUUAAUCUAGAACUGUAUAUAUAAAUCUUCAAAGCUUAUUUAUUUUAUUGCACUUUAUCAAAUGUAAAGCACCAAUGGAACUAGAGUGACACUACCACUAAAUAGAGCCUCAAGUUGAUCUUAUUGAUUUCAGUCUACCAUUCUUUUUGGUGUUAAUAACAACUCUCCCCCACCAAAAAAAUGUACAAUUUAAUGUAAUUCAUUUGCACACAACUUCCUGUUAAACUGUGGCUGCAAGGGUAGUCAUUUAAGGCCACAUGUGUAACCUAAUAUGUCUCUGGAAAAUUCCUUCACUCAGUAAUGUAACUCCUUUAAGUAAUGAGGAAUAAACAAAAA